AUGGCUUGUUUGGGUGUUGGAAUUCACCACAGUUUGUUCAGUAGCUCUGCCCCAUGCAGCCACUUGGUGGUGGAAAAGGCCACCAAGUUGCAACCAAGUUAUGGCGACCUGUUUGACUUGAAACGGACCCUUGCAGCGUUUUUUUGUGCCUGCAAGGACUGGCCUCUCUACGUUGUCAUGUUUCUUCCUGAAAAGAGAGCUGCAGGAGUGUUUGCUUUUGUAAACAGCCGGUCCUUGUCUUUACUGGGAAAGCUGACCAUCAGUUCCGCCUUUAACAUUGUGUACAUCUACACGUCAGAACUCUACCCUACUGUGAUUAGGAGCGUCGGAAUGGGUGCCUGUUCCAUGUUCUCCCGAAUCGGAGGGAUUAUUGCUCCUUUCGUUCCAGCUCUGAGAUCUGUGCAGUGGUCUCUGCCUUACGUCGUGUUUGGAGUGAUGGGCUUGUUGUCGGGCUUGCUGAGUCUCUUGUUGCCCGAGACCUUAAACAGCCCAUUGCUGGAGACGAUAUCGGACCUGCAGGUUUGCUCUUAUCGGAGGCUGGGCAGUGAAGCUGUGGCCCUGCAGACGCUGGAGGGCUCCCGGUCUGACCAAGAAAGCUCGGCGGGAAGCGACAGCGAAGACGAAGAGUUCUACGAUGCAGAUGAAGAGACUCAAAUGAUCACGUGACGAUCGAGAAAAACACCUCCGUUUAGUCACGGCCUUUUAAAACUCUGGUCAGCCUCACCUGAACAAAUGUAAACAUGGAUAACAGUGGAAGUAGGCGGAAAAGACUUGGAGUGGCACCAUUCCGCCUGCAUCAGGAGAGAAACAGAAUCUAUCCCUCACUGGUGCCUGCCAUGUCAGACGGAAACCCAUCCCAGUUCUGGGCGA